AUGACCACCGAAAACAAACAUAAUCUUCUGAAGCUCCUGUCCGCACGGUCUUAUCUCCCGGUUGAUGAGAAACCAUCGGCAGCCCGAGACUCGGCAAGUUCUUCGACAUCUGCAGUCGAAAUUAUCACUAGUCCAGAGCAGUCGCAUUUAUUACCAAUGGACUCUACUAGAGUCACUCGUCAACGGCGAUCGUCCAGGAAUGUGGGGAGACCGAGGUUGGAUGCACAGGGCACAGCGGUUUUGUCAGAGAGUCGUCGGAAACAAAUUCGACAAGCGCAGAAGACAUAUCGGCUCAAGAAAGAAGCUGCUUUGCAGAAUACUCAGGCACGACUCGCGGAACUAGAGCAAAAGAUUAAUGGGAUAUUCGAAGCCUUCUCCGAUCUAUACGAUAUCGCGCUUGACUCUGACUUGAAGAGCACUCAUCCUGCGCUUUUUGAUCAUUUUCAUGGAGUUAAACGUCUCUUUACUACAGACGUGGGUCGAUUUCCUACAAGUUCAUCAGGACCCUCAAGUACCAGUCGUCAAGGUAACGCACAAAAAUGCGCCACAUUAGUACCAGAGGGCGAUAGUAGCUGCGGCAGAAGCACUUCUCAACAAAAUGUCUUCGGGUAUUGUCCACUGCCAUCCAUAAGCUCCCAGUCUAUGGAAACCACUCCGGAGACUGUUUCAUUGUCCCCUGAUGACCACAACGAAGAAGACAGCCAACCCGAUAGCAAUAACAGUGCCUGGCAAUCUUUCGGGAAUUUCAUUUACACUUACUGCUUCCAGGAGGCCGAGUUCUCGCGACGUCUUCAACGCUAUUGUUUGGAAUAUGCAUUCCGCUUGUUCAGCGACCCACGCUCCCAUCCGAAUCGCAUAUAUCAAGUCUUCCGCCUGGUCCCUUGCAUCCAGAAUAAAGCCAAGAUGUAUCCUUACUUCAAGCGGCUUGUUAUGGCUGCCUCUGGGGAGUCAUUGGAGAUCCAAGCUCUCCCUUUCUACUGCAUUGGUGGCGCAGGAACGCACUACCCUUUGUUUGAUGACACGGGAAAUCCAAUCUAUCCUCCGAAAAUGAGACUUCCAAAGAGGCUACUUGGAGUCUUGCCUGUGGUAAGAUGUGCCUCCGAUGUUGAAUCAAAUUGGGAUACGGAUCGGUUACUCGAGGUUUGCGGGUUCGGUGGUCAGUGGCUUGAUUGUCGAGACGUGGAAGGCUUUCUCAGUGCUCGUGGCGUUCAACUCGAAGAAUCAUCCCUGUUUCCGCGAGUGGAAGGCCUCCUUGAAAGAGAAUGCCAGUCUGUUUCAGCUGAACCUUCGCACUCAGAACAAUCAACUGCAAGCGGCGGAGACCAAUCGGAGCAAAAUGAACCAGCAAGCAACAUAUCAUCCCCACCCAAAUCACUACAUCAAUACACCCUGGAUAUUGAAAGAUUCUUUCUCUAUCUCCUCCAAGGAAUGGUUAUUUUAGGCCGCGUGCCAGGCUUCAGACAAAGUGACGUUGUAGCUGCCUUUAGUGCUUCUCUACAACUACAAGUUUCGUCCUGA